AUGAGUGAUUUAGCAAAAUUCAAAGAGUCAAGACAAAGAGGGAUUGAUGAGUUCCAUACUAGUUAAGACUUAAUCUACAAUAUCAUUUCGAAGAAGUAAAGCAUUUAAAAUGUAAACGAGUAGAUGGUUGGAAGAGUGGCUAGAUAGUGAAGAAAAAGGAAAUGCAUUUAGCAACAACUCUUGUGUGAAUUCAGAUCUAAUUUUGUCUAAGCCAUCAACCAUUUUUAAGUACGAUCCAAUUCAAAGUCACAUGUGGAAUAAGAUAAUGCUGCCAAAUCUUUAAGAGGGAGUUGAUUAUGAAAUUUUAGAUAAGGCAACAUGGGAAAUCAUUGCUAAAAAGUCAUAAUAUUUUUGAUUAAAUAGGUUCCACGUAACAGCUAUUGAACGAGAUGCCGUAAUUAUAAAUGGAAAGAAACAAGUAAAUGUCAAUCUUGUACCUUUAAAUUUUUGUGCAGUGUUUCCUUCUUCACUUCGCAAAUUCAAUGGAGGAAAAACAGUAUCACUUAUAAAAGGAGACUAAUAUGCUGCUCGAACAUGCAAAUUAUCCUCUUUUAUUGAAUUAUUAGCAAGUACUUUAUAGACAGUGUACGUAAUUAUCAUAAAAUCAUUAAUAGAAAUGGAUAUCAAUUUGUCAAACAUGAUGGAAUAAGACUUUAUAAAUCUCCAUUAGGAAUGACUGUAACAGAAAUUGAAAAGUAUAUUUCUGAAGAAAUUAAGACACUUGGAACAUAUGAUGAUGUAGUAUUUGAUUUUAAGGAUGCUGAAUAUUUAGAUCCAGCUAAAUAUGAAACUAUUGAAGAUUGUCAAAUAGCACCAGAUUAAAUUAUACUUGGAGAUUUUAAAGAAAUCUAAAAAAAUUGGGCUAUUAAACAUCCUAAUUUCCCUAUGGAAGGAAAAUGUGAAGGAUGUUACAAUUUCAAAAUACUUCAAUUUCCAUGUGAUUGCAAAAAAGUUAGUUAUUGUACAGAAGAAUGCAAAAAAAGAGAUGAGGCAUACCAUUUACCUAGAUGUGAAAAGACUGAUUCUGAUGAUGAAACUAUGGAUAAACUAUAAAGAAAUGAAAACUCUAUGGAUGGAAAAGUUGGAUUAAAGAAUUUAGGAAAUACUUGUUUUAUGAAUUCAGGAAUUUAAUGUAUUGGUAAUACAUUCCCAAUAAGAGAAUACUUAUUAACAAAUUUAUAUAAAUAAGAUAUAAAUGAACUCAAUACUUUAGGUACAAAAGGAGAAUUAGCCUCAAAAUUUGCUCAUCUUUUAAGAAGAAUGUGGUAUGCAGAUAAAACACCUAUACCUCCAUUCUCACUUAAAAGAGCAAUUGGAAAAUUUUAACCAUAAUUCUAAGGAUUUUAAUAACAUGACAGUUAAGAAUUGAUUACAUAUUUAUUGGAUGGUUUAAAUGAAGAUUUAUGUCGUAUUAAACAAAAACCAUAUGUUGAGAGAAAAGAUUAUGAUGGAAGACCUGAUUUUGAAGUUGCUAAAGAAUCUUGGGAUUAAUUUAAGUUAAGAAAUGAUAGUGUAGUAGUUGAUAAUCUUUAUGGAUAAUAUAAAAGUACUUUAAGAUGUCCAAAUUGUAAUAAAAUAUCCAUUACAUUUGAUCCAUAUUUGAUGGUUAAUGUAAGUAUACCAUAAAAUACAACUAAAAAAUUAGAAAUUCAAUUUAUAGAUCCAAAUUUAUUAUGGGAUUGUUAGACUCUUAUCUAUAAUUAUGAUAAAGCAUAAGAUCCUACACUUGGUUAAAUUCUACAAUCUCAAGAAAUUUAAGAUAAAAUUUAACAUAUCAACCCAUCUGAAUUAAUUUAUAUCUGUACAUCAGCUUACUAACAUGAUGAUACAGAUGAAAAUGAAAAAAUGUCAAGUUUAAGGAAGAAAUUGAAAUACAAAAAGUUAUAUAUCAGAAAGGCUUUAUAAUCUGAAAUCAAUAUUGAAAAAGAAAAUAAAAUUUGCAUUAUGAUACAUGAAUCAUUUAAAUAAAAUGCUUAGUAUCAAUGGAAAAGGGAAAUUACUCCUGCCUUCAACUUCUAUUUUGAUAAAACAAAAACUAAACAUAUUGAUAUACAUAAAUUCAUAUUUGAUAUUCAUAUUGGAGUUUUAAGCACUUUUGAAGAUCUUCCUUAAUAUUAAGGCAAAAAUUGGAGUGAAUAUUAUGAAGAAAAUAUAUUAGAUAAAGUUUAUUAUUUAGAAUUCAAAUCCAAUUAAAAUUGGCAAGUUGAGUGUGCCUUUUGUGAUGCCAAAUAAUGUAAUGACUGUGUUUGUGCAUAUAAUUAAGAUAAUUUAAUCGAAAAAUAUUUAUUAAAAGAACCUAAAUUAGAAAUUGAAGUAUUUGUAGUUUGGAAAAGAGGUUUUAAAUUAGCAAGUUCUGUUGAUGAAUUAUAUAAUGAUUGGUCAAAAUAUCAAUAAAGAAAAUAAACUGAUGUUGAAGAAUUACCAAAAUAACAAAGUGAUUAAGAAUAGUAAUUAGAUAUUGUAGAAGAUGCAAAACAAUAGGAAAAUUUAUCUGAUGAAUAAUUAGCUUAGAAAUAAAAUUUUAAUACAUGUGUUAUACCUUUAGGACCUUCAAUACCAACAAUUUAAUCUACUAAUGUUUAAGUUGGAACAGAAAAAUCAAUGAAAUUAGGAGAAUGUUUGAAAUUCUCUGAACAACCAGAAUAAUUAGAUGAAGAAAAUACUUGGUAUUGUAAUUAAUGCAAAGAUCAUGUGUAUAAUAUCAUUAUUUAUCUAUUAGACGUGCAUUUAAAGUUAUGGAAAUCUAUAAAACACCUAAAAUAUUAAUAUUCCAUUUAAAGAGGUUUAAAAACUCUAACAAAUUUUUCAAAAGCAAACUUGAAACAUUAAUAGAUUUUCCAAUUUAAAAUUUUGACAUUAGAGAAUUUGUUUAGAAUCAUCAUUUACCUUCUGAAUUCCAUACAGAAGACCCUUAAAAUCCAAGUAUCAAAUAUUUAAUUAUUAGAACUCAAUAAUCCUGUAUAUUAUGAUCUAUAUGCUAUUUCCAAUCAUUUUGGAGGAUUGGGAGGUGGACAUUACACAGCCUUUGCUAAAAACUAUUAUGAUGACACAUGGUAUAAUUUUGAUGACAGCUCAGUGUAUCCAAUCAGAGAGGAAUCUGUUAAUUCAACAUUAAUUACAAGUGCAGCUUAUGUAUUAUUUUAUCGUAGAAGAGAAUGA